CAACAUUUAACCGAGCAAAUCGCGAAUACGUCGAAAUCAAUUAUUUAUAACAAGAAAAACGCGCGGUUAAUAAUUUACCAAUUAUGUUGCCUAGAAUGAAUUUGUUCGUCCUUCCAGCAGUUCUCAUCGUUUUAACCUUAAACACUGAUCGAGUUUAUGGCGGUGCUACGGAAGAGCAAAUGAUUGCAGCUGGAAAACUAAUGCGAGAUGUUUGCCUACCUAAAUUUAAAGUACCAACAGAUGUAGCUGAUGGCAUUAAGGAUGGUAUCGUUCCGGAAACAAAGGAAGUAAAAUGCUAUAUUAAUUGUAUUUUGGAAAUGAUGCAAACGAUGAAGAAGGGCAAGUUUCUAUAUGAAAGUUCGCUGAAGCAAGUAGAUUUGCUAAUGCCGGAUGACUACAAGGAUCAGUACAAAAGCGGUUUCGCAGCCUGCAAAGAUUCUCCCAAUGGAAUUAAGAACAAUUGUGACGCUUCGUAUGCGCUCUUGAUUUGUAUGCGCGAUAAGAUAACAAAAUUUGUUUUUCCUUAAAGUUGCUGAGUUGAAAAACCACUGUGAAAGUCACAUGAUAAAAAUGUUAUUGUUGAAUUCGAAAGAUUUAUCAAAUUAUUUUAAUACAAAUGGUCGAAUGUAGUUAUGUAAAGAAUUUCCUUAAAAUAACGAAUAAAAUUGUUCAAACUAUGGUUAAACACAUAAGAAA